AUGGGCAGGGCAAAAAGGGAGGGUUUGAGGGUGGGACUGAAGACGGGGCAGGGCGGCAAAGGAGAGCUGCUGACGAAGCAGAAGGUGGAGGCCCAGGAGCUAAUCCACCCGGAUCAAGCCUGUGCCGUACCGGGGAGGAAGAUCACGGACAGCCUCGUACUGAUCCGAGACACCAUCUGUUAUGCGAGAGACAGAAACAUCCGGCUAGUAGUCCUAAAUUUAGAUUUUGAGAAAGCCUUUGAUCGGGUCUCGCACCAGUACCUCUUUGAGGUGCUGAAAAAGGUGGGUUUCCCAGAAAGGAUGAUAACUUGGGUGGGACUGCUGUAUCGGGGAAUCACCAGCAAAUUCCUUGCUAACGGGCAUCUGACUAACGCAGUUCAAAUAAACUGCGGUGUCCGUCAGGGUUGCCCGUUAUCUGCCCUCCUCUACGUUAUAGGUAUCGAACCUCUGGCACAGGCUUUUAGACAAGACAAACUGAUCAGUGGGAUUACAAUACCAGGGAGCGGGGGACUGAAAUCCAAGUGCAUUUUUUACAUGGAUGAUAUAAAUAUUUUAUGCACUGAUCUUUUAUCCAUCAACAGGACGCUUGACUUGACUGACUGGUACGGACGGGCCUCUGGGUCAAAGCUCAACCGCAACAAGACCCAAGCUCAAUUUUAUGGACCGUGGAAGGCGACUGACAGGACAGGACUCCCCUUGACUGUGACCCAGACUGACCAGAGAAUACUUGGGGUCAAAUUCGACAGGGAGGGGGGUGGGAAAACAAACUGGCCUGACGUGGUAGGGAAAGUUAGGCAGAGACUGGGAUACUGGACACUUAGAGGACUGACGCUUGAAGGGAAGGUUUUAAUUAUCAAAUCUGUGAUUUUACCCUUGCUUUUACUCAUCAGUUCUGUUUUUAUCCCACCGAAGAAAGUGCUUUUAGACUUGGAACGAGCCAUCUUUUAUUUCCUGUGGGGGUCCAAGUGGGAGCGCCUGAGAAGAAGCGAAAUGAAAAAAACAAAGGAAAAAGGAGGAAAAGGAGUGCCGGACCUGCUGCUUUUUCUAGGAAGCAGAUAUACCGCACUACACAUCAUGGCUGCAACAGCCCCAUCCAGAAACCAAAAGACUGCAGACAUGACAAGGUUCUGGAUGGGGUCGUACCUCCAAAGUUUAAAACUAAUACCCAGAGAUCUGAGGAAACCGACAUCCUUUAACCUGCCACCAGCCUAUGCUUUUAUUCAGAUGUUUUUAAAGAAAUAUGAACUUGAGAAGGAGGACUUAGAGACCCUUACUAAUCACCGCUGUCUCAUUUCUGUUGUGCAGGAGAGGGAACCAGUGAGCCCAGUGCGCGGGCUUGCCUUUGGAGAGCCAUCAAUGGUAUGGCGCAACGUGAACCAUUCUGCUCUUCCAAACAGACUCCGGGACCUGUCAUGGAUGGUGGCUCACGAGAUCCUCCCAGUCAGGGCCGUAAUGCACUCCCGGGGCAUGUCUGCGAGCUCUACCUGUCCCCGACCAGGUUGUGGAGCCCCAGAGUCGGUGAGGCAUCUGCUCUGGGAGUGCAGUGCUGCUGUAGACCAGUGGGCAAAGGCCGGCUCCUUACAAUUCCCGUACUUGCCAGCAAGGGAGGUCCUGACAGCACAGCUGGUCCUGUAUGGGGUGAGCCAGUCCACUCAAAUUCCAGCUCAGGACAUUGCCAAACAGCGGCUCACCCUAGUCGCCAUUACAGAUGCAAUGUGGACCGCCAGAAACUUGCUGGUAAGAAGACACAUGCAGAUCCCCCCCGUGGCUGUGAUCCAAAUGGCCGCAGCGACGGUCCAACUGGCCGGAGCUGCAGGCGACAGGCCAAGGACGCAGCCACAAAGAAGAAUCGCCUCUGUGCCCAUUCGGACGAAGGAGCCGGAGCCACACAUACAGAGGUCAAAGCAGCAACGGCCUGACCCUCCGGGAGAGGCAGGUGGGAAGGAGCAUCGGGUGAGGAUCUCCUCUGAGCACCAAGACGGGAACCCGAGAGACCAGUUCUGUUUGGAGGAGCAAAAUGAGUUGCCCGGGUAGGGACCCACCCCCCGCUCCUGCUCAACAGAAAUGUUAUAGCGUGUACCUUUUAAUGUAUGUAUUUCUAGGUGAAAUU